UUGGAUAAAAAUACGAGCAGUACCUGGUAAUCUAAAGUUGGUAAAUAGUAGUCCACAAAAAGAAAAAAGCAGACACAAAGCAACGCACAGAAAUUUAAAAACUGGAAUCGAUUUCGGUUGGCGCAAAAGAAAUAAUGGUGCUACAACAUCAGCAACCACAAUUCAACGAUCAGAAAAGGAAACAACCAUUAACACCAUUAAUCACUCGAUUCACAGUUUCAUUUAUAUUAGUAAUCUUCACUCACUUUUCACUCUCACUCAUCCCUCGCUUCUUCUCCACCUCUCUCCUUCUCCUUCAGCUUACUCUCUCAGGUACAGUGUUGCUGUUCGUUUUAGGGUUUGGCGGAUGGUGUAGACGGAUUCUUGGAGUUAAUGCAUCUGCUCCUGCUUUUGUUUUCUUCAAUUUAUUCUUUGUUUGGUCUGUUUACUUCUUCGUUAUUCGUCCAGUUGUUCCAACGCAUAUAGAUGCUGUUCUUAAUGUAGAAGCUAUCGUGCUUUUUAUCGGUAUAUGUAGGAUGCUUUCAAGUGAUCCUGGUGUAGUAACUCAUGGGAAUUCUCAUUCAGACAAGGUCAUUGAAGCUAAUUCUUUUGAUGUUGAAGCUGACAAUGAGGAUUCCUUACUGCUAAAGAGGGUUAGACAUUGUAAGAGCUGCAAUGCAUAUGUCAAGGGAUUUGACCAUCAUUGUCCUGCUUUUGGAAAUUGUAUAGGGGAAAAGAAUCAUGUCCUCUUCAUGGUUCUUCUACUUGGAUUUUUUAGUACUGAAACUUCUUAUGUAAUCUUCUCAUUUCAAUUUGUCAGAACUCCUGAGAUCCUUGCAGGAAAUAGAUUUCAGAUCGGGUUGUAUGAAAAUUUGGUCACCAGCACAAUGCUAUUUACUCUUCUCCAGGUGAUUUGGCAGGGCAUGUUUAUGGCAUGGCAUAUAUAUUGCAUCUGUUUCAACAUCAGAACGGACGAGUGGAUAAACUGGAAGAAGUACCCGGAGUUCCAAGUCAAUACACAGUCCCAACCAGGUGGAAGAUUAAGUAAGAUGAGUUUUACAAAUCCAUAUGAUAAGGGUAUUCUUCAAAAUGUGAAGGAGUUUUGUGCAGGUUAGAUACUGAUACCGCGGUAUAAUUUACUGCUGCCAUUUCCUUCACUUUCUCUCAUUGCUCUAUAUCCUAACUGCUUGCUUAUAUGCGAACUCGAAAUAUGGAGAUCUGAUGACAAAAGUUAUAAGCUAGGAGAUAUGGAUGUUAACUGCUGACUAAGCUUGUAAAUGUGAUUGUAUCAUUAAUACCCAAUCUGUAAAUGCGACAACAUUUCACACCA